AUGCAGAUUUUCGUCAAGACUCUCACCGGCAAGACCAUCACUCUCGAGGUCGAGUCCUCGGACACCAUUGACAACGUCAAGGCCAAGAUCCAGGACAAGGAGGGUAUCCCACCUGAUCAGCAGCGCCUCAUCUUUGCUGGCAAGCAGCUCGAAGACGGUCGCACGCUGUCCGACUACAACAUCCAGAAGGAGUCGACACUUCACCUUGUCCUCCGCCUUCGCGGUGGUAUGCAGAUCUUUGUCAAGACUCUUACGGGCAAGACCAUCACCCUCGAAGUCGAGUCCUCUGACACCAUUGACAAUGUCAAGGCCAAGAUUCAGGACAAGGAAGGCAUCCCGCCUGAUCAACAACGACUCAUCUUCGCCGGCAAGCAGCUGGAAGACGGUCGCACCCUCUCGGACUACAACAUCCAGAAGGAAUCCACCCUCCACCUCGUCCUCCGACUUCGCGGUGGUGCCAAGAAGCGCUGCCAGAACGGCACCGGCACCGACGCCCAGUGCAAGGACGCCGCCAUCAACCUCGUCGGCGAAUGCCCCCACUGCAGUCUGAAGUUCUGCGGCAAACACCGGUUGCCCGAACAACACAAGUGCGCCCAGCAGGAACAGGUACGCAACGCGGCCUUCGCAGCCAACAAGGCCAAGUUGGAGAGCGAGAGGACGCAGGCUACGCGCGGGCUCGCACAUUAG